UUUUAUACUCACCUGGGUUACAGGAGAAAAGGUGAAGAUUCUUGGAAACUAUAUCACAAAGGACAUGAAAAUAGGUCACUUGACUGCAAGUUUUUUCAAUCAACGGUAGGCAAGUUUAUUGGUAAAUCAGUCUUUCAGACAAGUGAUAGGAUAAAAAAACUGCAAUAGUGAAAAUGAAAGAUGAUGUCUGUUGUAUGGUACAACUUAUUUGUGGUUAGAGUAUUAUACUUCUGGAGUCCUUUUCUAUUGUUAUUCUUUCAAGAUCUUGAAGGUUGUAUGAGAGAUCGAGCCCUAUGAAGUCAGUUUUCUUUGCGUCAUUUUUAAGGCAUUGAAAGGAAGUAAGAGGAAAUUAAACGUAGGAAAACAAAACCCCAUUAAAGAACUGUUCAGCACUUUUUCAAUGCAGUUGGUAUUUAAAUUAACAAGACUGUUAGGUAAAGUUGAGAAAGGUUAGUUCAAUUUUACAGCUUGCAAAUGAGAAAGACAGAGAAAGCUUCUUUUGUUGUUUCACAGAGUGGAACUGAUGAUGGUUACUAUAAAUGUGAGGAGAUGCCCUUCUUUGAAAUUGGCAGUGUGCACUAUGAAGAAUACCUAGUAAAUAUAAGACUCCCAGCUGUUAAAACA